AUGUUGAUUGUACCGAACGAAGGAUUUGCCUUAUCACGAAAGCCACAUUCGUUUCGUUUGAGGAAGUCACACGUCCUGUUCCCUAUAAAUAAGGAGAUUCAUUCUUUUUUUCAGAAAUCCCCUCUUCUUCCUCCUCAAGCCCCUAUCACAAGACCAAGCGGAUCUCAUCCUGCAGAAGACUCAGAGCGGAUCUAUCUAAUGGCAUGGCUGGCUGUCGGAUGUGAUCUAUUCUCGUGUCACAUCGCUUUCUUUCUUCUCCCUCCAUUUUCUUCACUACUACCGCUCCUACACAUAAAUCAAAGAAGCAUUGUGGAAUAG